AUGGCGGCAGUUCUUCCCGCUAACGCGAGAAGAACAAACAAGGGCCGCUUUUGCGGAGCUAAAGCUUUCAUUCGUAAUAAGAAUGCCGCAAAUCGGCUGACAGUUUCAUGGUCAGGGAUCGAAAAAGAAAAAAAUGAAAAAAAUGUGCCUGAUCCGGAAGUCCGCAGUGAAUUUUCACUUCGCGGCCGUCGAGUUGUAGAAUUAAAUGUCCUCGCUGAGGCUUUGGAUGGGGGCUGUGAAGCCUGUGGGGCAGCUCUACGGCUCUCUGACUGCAUAAAAGAAACACUGUCUGGGCUAGGAUCACUACUCUACAUAUGCUGUUCGAAUUCCGAGUGUGGAGAGACAAAUAUCUGUCGAACAAAUAAGACCCACCGUAGCACCGGAACAACGCGAGGGAGACCGAUAUUUGAUGUAAACACGAAGCUCGCUGCAGGUUUGUUUACUUUUAAUGUUGUUAAAAAUAUUGUUUUCCACAAUUAAAGCAUCCAUUUAACAUCUAGCCAUUUUUUUAAUAAGUUGAAUCGACGUAUUUAUAGGGAUGCUACACGCAGGCAUAGGUCCUACCCACGUAAACGAGUUGUUGUCAUGUAUCAAUGUACCAUCAGUUGGAGAGUCCACGCUAAAGGCUCGAGAGAGGGAAGUAGGGCCGCAAAUUGAAAAGUUGGCAAAGGAAUCAUGCCUGGAAAAUUUAGAAAGCGAAAGGAACCUGUGGAAAGACGAUAGUGAAAAGGAAAAUGUGGCGAUAGGAGCGUCAUAUGACAUGGGAUGGCAAAAAAGGGGAAAAGCCCACAACAGCCUGACAGGUACACUGUAAAUUCUACAUCUGAAAGAAUUGAAAAGGGUGCAUUUGGAUAUGCAUUUUCAUAGAAUGCUGCUAUUUUUUCUCCGGAUUGUUCUUUAGCUUACUGACAGUUUUCGUGUCCUGGCCAAUAGUCAAAGUUAAUUAAAUUAAUGAGAAAUAAAUAAAUAAAAUAUAUCCUUAUUUUCACCACUAGGUGUUGGCUCUAUGGUUGGCCUAAAAACUGGCAAGGUGAUUUGCUAUGGUUCAAGGUCAAAAAGGUAAUUAUAAUGUAUAUACAUAUAUUUUGUCUACUAGGACCUCAUUGUAAACAACAAGAGCAAAGUUUUUUUUUUGCAAUUUGACCACAAAAAGUAAAAAAUUAUUCAACACAUGAUAACACUCAUAUUUGCCUCCUAUUGAAAGUGUUACCCAGGACCUUUACUCAUAAUGUCUUUUGUAAAGGUGUGCAACAUGUGAAGCUGCUAGCAGACAGUCAAAAAAGCCUCGCAUACACGACUGCAGGCUCAACUGGGACGGCUCGUCAAAAGCUAUGGAAGCUGAUGUUUGUGUUGAUCUAGUCAAAAGGUAAUUACUAACCGAUAUGCAAUGAUAAAAAUAAAAAAUAAUAAUAAUAGUAACAAUAACAAUAAUAAUAAUAAUAAUAGUUGUUAAAAUGUUAAAUUCACAGUUUUAUUGCUGCAAAGAGAGACUUGUGGAAUCUGUUUUUAUGAUAUCAGUUUUACAGUGAUGACACUUUAACCAUGAACAGUGGAAAGUCUUACAGUACCUUGCACCCUUGGUAAUAAUGAUUGAAAAUUUGACAAUAAAGUAAACAUGAAAAUGCACUUUUAUUUUUGAAUAUGAGUAUGUUGAAAAUGCAGGAAAAAAAAUGCUUUAAGAUAAUGUAUAGGUGUAGUUUGAAUGCCCUCAUUUUUUAAGACACAAAAUGUUAAUUUUGUGGUUUUACUCUACUUAACAGUUGUGGAGAAAAAAAUGCAGUUGUAUCUGUUCUUGUUGGGGAUGAUGAUUCGUCCACCAUAAGCAAAGUGAGGCAAAAUGUUGAGCAUGAGGUUGAAAAAUGGUCAGAUGUAGUCCAUGCUAAAAGAUCCUUUGGUAGCUCACUAUACAGCAUCAAGACCCAAAACAAAAGCCUGACAGAUAUGGUGAUACGGUAUUUCCAGCGAUGCUUCGGUUACGCACUAAAGCAGAAUAAGGAUGAUGAAGAAGGUGUACGAAAUGGUCUGAAGUCUAUUGUGCCCCAUGCAUAUGGUGACCAUUCUUCCUGUGGCAACUGGUGUGGCUACUUAAAAAAUCCUGCAUCCUACAAACACAGAGGCCUUCCCCAUGGCAAGGAUCUGACAGAUAGAGGCUUGAGGCAGUCCCUGGAAAAGAUCAUAGAAGUAAGUACAAUGUGGAUGUAUGGUGGCACAGCUCGCUCCUCAAAAAUUCCCAAUUCCCACCAUUUUAGUAGAGGAAUACACCUGUAAGAAAAUAGUUUUAGUGCUCAUGAUUGUGUUCUAAAUAAGGAUGAUUGCAUUCUAAAUAAUAACUGCAAGGGAAGAAGCUAUAAGUGUUAAAGGACUAUCAACCUCUUUCUUAGUAUCACAAGCUUUAUAGGAUACCAAAUUUUAGUGAAUAAAAACCAUUUGCUUCUUCAAUUUAGGUUUAUGCUUCAAAUGCCAAGAAACUAGCUCCCCUUGGAUCAAGCCAGGCAAAUGA